GCAAGCUCCAGCAGAAAGAAUAAAGUGAUUCUGGCUCCAGGGGUAGAGAGUUGUCCGCUACACGUGUAACGUUAGCUAGUUUCAUUCAUUUCUUUCGAGGCCGAUUAGAUUGUGCGUCCCAGUACUGAAAUGUAAAUACGUCUUAAUUAUUAUGUAUUUGUCUAUUUCACAAAUUUUCUAAUUUGCAAGUUAGCUACCAGUUUGGAGAUUGAUGCGUCAGCCAACUAACGACGCUAUAUCGGUGACGUUAGUAGUUAGCAAAUGGCAGCUAGUAGCUUGUUAGUUAUAUAUUUUUAGCUAGCUACCUGUCUACUUUUUCAUUGUAAAACACUUCGUACAUGUUGCAUAAUGGUUGAAACUAGCUAGCUACCAACUUCUUCUACAUCUAGCUAAUUCUUGCAGACUUUAAUGAGGUAAUAGGCCGCUAACAGUAACGGAGGCUAGCUAACGUUACCUGACCUGUUUUCUAAGUGACCAAUUUGUUUUAUUUCACAGAAGAUGGCUGCUCCGGAUAUGCGCCUCAACCACACUAUAUACAUCAACAACCUAAACGAGAAGAUUAAAAAAGAUGGUUAGAGCUUAGAGCUGGCUACCCCUUCAUUUUUUGUUACGAUUUUGCCCUCAUGUCUGUGUUUGUUUUCCCAUCAACCAUGCCAAUGGCUCCUUGCCUAAACAUGUAUUGUUUGUACCCUUUGUCACGCAGAACUGAAGAAGUCGUUGUACGCGAUCUUCUCUCAGUUUGGUCAAAUCCUGGACAUUUUGGUUGCCCGCUCCCUGAAAAUGAGGGGUCAGGCCUUUGUCAUCUUCAAGGAGGUCAACAGCGCCUCCAAUGCCCUGCGUUCCAUGCAGGGGUUCCCAUUCUAUGAAAAACCUAUGGUGAGCUACUGCCAAUAACACCUUGGUACACAUCAGCUAGCUUUUGCCUGACACAUGUUUAGCUAGAGAAUAAUUAUUCUCUAAUAUGCAGUCCUGUAAAUAGUCCUGUCGUCAUCAACUGUCCCUCUUUCUCAUGGCAGCGUAUUGGGUACGCCAAGGGGGACUCUGACAUAAUCGCUAAAAUGAAGGGCACCUACGUGGAGCGGGACCGUAAGAAGGAGAAGAGGGUCAAGGGCCCAGAGGCAGCAGGGGCCAAAAAGGGUGUGCCAGGAACCCCUGUAGUACCCAUGGGCCCUGGAGUUCAAACACCCAUGGGCCCUGGAGUUCCAACACCCAUGCCCGUAAGUGUUGUACUGUGAGCCUGAAGACACAGAACCACGUUUGUAGCCACAAAUGCACUGUUAGCCUCUGCGCUUAACAUGUUUACUUUAAGACAUGUCUAUCUAAAAUGGUGGAUUGUGUGUUAUUCCACGUGUAUCGCUAAAUGAUAGUGCGGCUGAUUUAAUUGAACAUUCUUGUUCUUCUGAAGGGAAUGCCACCCAUGAGCGGGGCUCCUCGUAUGAUGCAAAUGCCAGGGCAGCCCCCCUACAUGCCCCCGCCAGGCAUGAUGCCACCUCCCGGGAUGGGCCCUGGGGGGAUGCUCCCUGGUGCCAUGCCUCCGGGUGGGAUGAUGCCCGGGCAAAUGCCCCACGCCCAGGUAUGGAUCACGUUUAUCCGUGUUAGUUUGUCUUGUCAGUGCCCUUUUUAUUAACUACACAGCAGGUCUGUUUAGUGGAACACUGUAAUCAUGAGUUUGCUUGUCGUUCAUCUUACUGUAUAAUCUCACUCUGUAACUUAUUAUAUAGAUAAAUGUAAUCUUCCUUUCCUCCAGGUUGCAGAAAACCCUCCCAACCACAUCCUGUUCCUCACCAACCUCCCAGAGGAGACCAACGAGCUCAUGCUGUCUAUGCUCUUCAACCAGUUAGUACAUCUUCAUUUUAUUCUCCCCUUCUACUAUACUCCUUGGUGCGGUGUGAAAAUGUAAUGUUUAUUCUUCCAUGUCCUGUGGUAUUGGAACAUAUCUGUUUGGUUUUCAGCUUCCAAUGUUGUGGUUAUGUCAACUACUAGUGUUUGUGUAUGGUGAGAUUGAAUAUGUUGACAAGUAUAGACCCUUGAUGUCUUUAACAAGUCUGCCCCGAAGCUCUGUCCUGAUGUUGACCGUUUUCCCACUUCAGGUUCCCUGGGUUCAAAGAGGUACGUCUGGUGCCUGGUCGCCACGAUAUCGCCUUUGUGGAGUUUGAUAAUGACGUGCAGGCUGGAGCAGCCAGGGAGGCACUACAGGGCUUCAAGAUCACCCAGACCAACGCCAUGAAGAUCUCUUUCGCCAAGAAAUAACACACCAGAGAGCUCUUGAGUGGUUUACAAUCUCACACACACACACCAGAGAGACCUCCUCCCCUUAAACUAUACCAGCACAGAGCCGACUACUAACCUGUCCAUCGCCAAGGAAGCACAGUGUGUUACAAGUCCGCCUAUAGAAGAGCAAAUAUUUUUAGCCUCUUCUUUUUUAAGUUGAGAUUUUUAUUGUAAUUGUCCUGUUACUGCCCUUCCUGUGAUCCCCCAUACUCAUUUAGAAUAACUGGAGAUGACUUGCCUUGUAUGUGAUGGUAGGUUACCAGCGGUUUAGAGAAGAGACAUAGACAGAGGUCAGCAUUUUGAUGAUUGAAAUGCUGGCACCAGGCUUGAAAAUGAUAACUUGUAAGGACUAUAUUGGUAUAGUGAUUUGGUGCCAACAUAGAGGAUAGUUAGCUGACAUUUGCAUAUCCAUAGCUCUGGUUAAGAAAAAAUGAAAAUGUCAGUUUCUGCACCCAUUAAUUGAGGAUAAAAUCUGGUGUUUGUAUGUAAGUAUAUUUUCAUUUUUACUGUCUUGUCUGUUAUAAAGCAUUGCACCCAGGGUCUGUUUCGCCCAGACAUUGUACCUGGAGCUUUUCUGUUUGAUUAAAACAUGUGCUUUUUAUAAUGACUAAUGCUGUACGUGUUCCUUUCUGCUUUUAUGUUCGGGGAGACACCAGGGGCUGUAUAGAUGGGUUGGUUGUUUAACAACAAAAC